AAGGAUUUCCUGCUUUAUUUCAGAUGUUUUCAACAAGUACAUUUCUAUUUCUGAAAUCAACAUUGUUUAGACUGAUUUUAAAUUUCAUAUACUAAAGAUUCCAGAUGGUGAAAUUAGUGAAACAACAGCAAGACUGGCCUAAAUCUUUUGCAUAGUCUACAACAUCAGAGGGAGCAGGAAUGAACAGUGACGUAUUCUUAACUUUGUGAAAUGGACCCUUUUCAUCUCACUCUUUUGAAAUGUAUUAAUAAUAUUGCUUGUCAGAAUUCGUUUUUGGUCAGAGCACUGUCGACAUAUCAUAUACAUAUUAUAAACAAGUCAUGUACAAAUCAUAUACAUAUCAUAUACUAAUCCUUCAGUCAGAGCUAGCCUGAGUUCCAAGUAUAAUUGUGCUGUCUUGUUUGAUAUGACAUUGAACAUUGCAAGACUGCACUGAUACAUCUAGGCUAGGAAAGAGUUAAACAGCAGUCUGUGAUCAACAGUAAAGUCUCCCUGGUGACGAAUUUCCACAUUUAAACAUGUAGUCUAUUUUAUGGAAUAUUUAAAUGAGGGGGUCUGGUUUAUGUAGGCCACUGGUCAAUUCUUCAACCACAAAGAGGAGAGAUUUUUUUUCUUGAUAUACUGAAUAUAUUCUGUAUAUAGACAUGUACACACAUACUUAUGCUUAAACACCCAGAUCCAGAUUUGCAUGCCUACAUCAAACACACAAAACACCUUGCCUAUAACGGAUCAGCUUCUUGCGCAAACCCAACCAAACAAAUAGAUCUUUGUAGGGAGUUUUAAAAUGGACGUUCUGGACUAGGACAAAGCACAAAAAUCAUCUUACAGUCUGGGAUUACAGGUCAAAUACAAGAAACACAAUGAAGAAUGAUGUCAAUUACACACAUGACAAUGUCAACACUACUGAAGUGGAUGCUGCUUCCACAACCCACAAUAUAUGCUUCACUGAUGGUUUCUGUAUCUUCUACCUGGUAGUCAACAUUAUCACCUUCCUGGUUGGGGUUCUUGGGAACGGCCUGGUCAUCUGGAUCACUGGUUUCAUGAUGAAGAAGACGGUCAACACCACCUGGUACCUCAGCCUGGCCGUGUCCGACUUCAUAUUCUGUUUUGCCUUUCUACCCUUUAACAUUGUCCACGUUGUUACAAAUGAAUGCAUCUUUGGGCCUUUCAUUUGUCACUUCACAUUUCCUCUGAUAUACAUCACCUUGUUCAGCAGUGUCUUCCUCCUGGUCAUCAUCAGUGUUGAUCACUGUGUGUUGGUGGUGUUUCCAGUCUGGGCUCAGACCAUUCGUACCAUAAACAAGGCCUCUGUUGUGGUGGUCCUGGCCUGGGUUUUGUCUAUUGCCCUCAGCACACGCUAUAUAUUCGCAGGUGAAACACACAACUACAAGAUGAAAGUGGUGGGUCUGUUCAUAGGUGGCUUCGCAAUGCCCUUUCUUAUCAUCAUCUUCUGUUACUCUGUUAUCAUCCUGCAACUGAGAACAAGACGAAUGAUGAGCGUAUCCUCCAAGUCCCUCAGAGUAAUGACUGUCCUGAUAGUCAUGUUCUUCAUCUCCUGGCUGCCCUUCCAUGUCUUCAUACUGUUAGAACAGAACCACCAAAACUACAACCUGGAAAUCUUAAGAACUGGACUUAUGGUGGGAAUAACAUUAGCCACAGUCCAUAGUUUCCUCAGACCAGUGUUGUAUGUUUGCAUGGGGAAUAAAGUCCCACCGACACUCAAGAGGUCCAUAGUUGGUAGGAUUGAGAAUGUCCUUGGAGAGGAAGACCCCCCCACCACCAGCCAUGAAACAUCCACACAUCUCUAAAACUCUCUGAGGAUGACAAGACCUCAGUGGCUGUGGAACACAGUGUUGUUAAGCAAUGCUUAACUUUGGUGACAUUUCUAUUAUAAAUAUAUGUUCUUUUGAUAGACUCAUGUAAGAUUGCCCUUAACUAUAUUUACAACAUGCAUGCUUUUCAUCUGGUUGAGGGUUAACAAGAGAUUGACAGAUUCUCUUCUAGUGUUUAUGAGAAAUAUUACUGUAAUGAAGAAUGCAAUUCGUCUACAUACUAAAACCAUACAGCUCACAUAUCCAUGUUUACCCUACAAGACAGCGGUCCAGUUGUCUCUUCAUGGUCUCCAAGUCUGAAUUAUUAGGUCAAUUGAGUAUACUGAUGGUAUUAUUAUUUCUAUGCACAUUUUCCAACUCCAAACCAUAUUAACUUGAAUGCUCAUUGGAUUGAAUCAUUUUCAGGUGAUAUGUUUUAGUGUAAUGAGGGAGGUUGUGGCAAAAGUGAAUAACACCUUAUAUCUUAAUCACCUUAAUCAAGCAAACAGAAAUAACUGUUAAAAGACACUUGUACGGUAUGAUAUGUUUAUGUAUUUUAUGGGGUUUGCCUAAGGGGUCUAUCUUCAUGCUUGCUCAACAAGGAAGUUGGCCAGAAUAGUGAUCUCGGGUCUGUCUAACUAUAUUCUGCAAGUAGUUUUUCAUCUACCAGACCAUGAAUGUUGUGUGAUUUCAAAGACGUUAAAAGGAGUGGUGAGACUUGAGAUCAUCCUGAUGGUUGAUCAAAAAGAUGGUUGAUGGGUUCUGGUGGUUUGUGUAGUUUCACAGACAGGAAGGACACACAGUUCUCAUUGAUGCCGUCAUACAGAGUAUUUUUGUCUUGGUGUACUGGCAGUGUAAGAGAAACAGGAAACACACAUUCCCAUUUACAUUUGAAUUGAAUAAUUAAACACUGACUUGAGGACUUGAAACCCAACAUUGCCUUGAUUCAAAACUUGACUCGAAGGAUAUGACUUGAGACAUGUUGAGGACAUUGGAAAUUGUGACUUGGUCCCGUGUCUGGUUGACUGUAUAUAUACAAAAAGUGUUAGAAUCUGAUAAUCAGGUGGCGUCUGAAAGUUUCUACUGUUUGAACUGGAGGCUGCACAUCUUGUUAUUCAUCAAAGAUAAUUUCAUGGGAUUCUGGUUGCUCAAAACAAAACAGUGUUAGAGCUUUGAGGAUGGCAUUUAGCAGAUAAUCAGAUCCAGAGGACUGUAGUUAAAAACCUAAGUUCAACAAUACAAUGUACUGAUUGCCCAGUCCUGUAGUUCCAAACUAACCAGCGGACUCCACAACACAGCAAAAGUUAUGAAUCCUUCAACUUCCACAUUUUGUCUUGACUGAUUAGCCUCCUGAAAAAAGACAGAUUAAAGUUAAAAUAUCUGCUAUUCUCGGUCUGUGUUGCAAUUUACAGUAAAUAAAGUAUCUUAUUAGGAGUUGGACUGCAGCAUGAAUAAAGCUUCUCUAAACACGGUUAUUGCAGUUUCGAUGACCACCACUGAGAAGUGAUUAUUUUGUAUUCUCCACAAUCACCAGAAGGGGGGGAUAUUUUACAAAUGAACAAACUGUUUUCAUGCCCCUCAAACUCUCCAUCCGAGUCAUCAUCAAACCUGUUCCUCAAUUGAAAGUUAUUCUUGAAUUUGUGCCAAUUUCAACCAAAAAACAUUUCCUAUAGAUUACGUACUUCAAUUCUUUCCAUCACCCUUCCUGUUAAGGUCAGGAGACUUCAUGGUCAGGAAUGCGAAAUUAACAUGUUGAAUGCGUAACACAUAAAGAUAUCCACACAUGAAAUAAAGUGGCCAUAUAUAUGAAUGAAAUGUAAUGUUAAUAAUCA